CAAACAUUAGUCACUGUUCUGUUCCUCAUCAGUGAGUGACAGGAGACAGUUUUCUCCUCCGCACUUCACUUCAUCAGACACUCUGGACGCUCAUCUGUGAGGCAGUGAGAUGACAGGACAUUUUACUCUGCAUUGACCUGAAUAUGGAAGGAAUACUUCUAAAGAUUAUUUUACUGUUUGCGGUAACUGUCACCGGAGAGCCUCCUGCCAUGUACCAGGCUCAGCCGAUAAAGGCAGCAGAAGGUGAUGAUGUGACUCUUCAGUGUCGUCUGGAUCCUCCCGUCAACCUGUCUGCUUUCACUGUGGACUGGACGAGACUUGACAACAAGGAUAUCGUCCACGUCUAUCGACAUCAACAGGACGAUCCUGAUCCACAGACGGAUCAAUACAGAGCAGGACGACUCUCCUCCAUGAAGACCUGAUCAGAGGAGUCCUGACUCUGCACAUCUCCUCAGUGAAGCUGUCUGACAGAGGACUUUACAAAGGCUUUGUCCCAAAGCUGAAGACCAGC